GAGAAAAAAAGAUAAUGAAUUUGGAAAUAAUGAGAAAUUCAACAGCUUCAUGUGAGGAUGGGUGUGUGCCGCGCCCUUGGGAGGAGGAGGAGGUGUGGGGCGCCUUCAGGAGGUGGCACGUAUUGGCACUCACCUCCCUCGCCGCCCUGGCCAUCACUAUGUUGUUCUGCUGUGCCUGCCGCUGCCGAGUCCCGCGCACCAAGGAGGAGAUCGAGGCGAACCACAUCAGAAGGAACCUCGCUCAGAAAUUCCACCGCCAGCUUAAAAUCAUUCACAAUUCUGAGAUGGAUGAGAUGGAUCUGUUGAAAGCGUUGGAGAGACUGAGGGCGGAGCUUCGGGCGGACUCAAGCAGCCUCGCCCAAUCAGAAGCUUUCUCCGCCCUCUCCUUCACGCCAACAGGCACGCCCACUUAUAGGAAAGGCUCGGAACUUAAUUUGGGUCUGUCACUGGAGGAGCUGCGUCUGGCCACAGCACAGCAGGGGUCAGUGUCCAGUCUCAGGGGACGCGUCACUGGCCUUAUUUCAGGGGCACUGGACAAGCUAAGGCGCUGA